AUGUCUUCUAUCUCAGACCCAAUCACCGCCAAAUGGCAACUGCGUAAAAACGACAAUUGCGAUUUCUACAUCUGGGCCAACCAUCGCAUUGAAAAGCGCAGUCAUGCGAACCCCAAGAAGAAGACCCAGAUCCUCUUGAACGGAAAAGCGAUCGAUGAGAAAACUAUUCAGAAGAAUAUCCCGCGGCAGGUGUCGACUUAUGAUCAAGCACGCGCAGCGGCUGCAAGUCCAGCAACACCUCAAGGCUACAGCAUCGUAACGCCUGCUGGUUCGACCCCACGCCAGCCCCAAGACACUUUGGCGAGACCAAGCGAGACCCCAUCGUCGAGCCAACCUGCAUCACUUGAAAGUGACAUAACAGACAAAGAAGAGCUGACCGAAAUUAAAUUGCUUGCUGAAGUCAUGCAAGACUGUGGGUCUUUCCUCUCUCUAUGGGGCCAAAUGAAUGUUUCUACUUCCCGGAGAAAUCUGGCUGAACUAUAUACUUCGGUUGCUGAGCGGAUCAUUACGGAUACUUGGGAUCUCCAAUCACAUCCCCGUCAUACAACUCGUCUACUGCCGGUUCUAGGAUUCGACAUCCUGCACUCCUCAUACAAGGAUGACUUUGAACGAGUUCAGCUACAGCUACGGAAUCUACCGCAGGAUAUCUAUGCUGAUACCGUCCGUACUGCGAGGUUCAUCGCAUCGGCAAAAGGCUGCGUCAAUGCGGCAGCAGCCCUGUUUGACAAUGAGCCCAAUGUAGAUUCUCGUGAUUCCAAGGGACAGACAUGCCUUGGGAUAGCGGUGCUUCAUAAUCACCCAGCGAUGGUUUCAUUUCUCAUCGCCCGAGGAGCAAAUGUCAAUAACAGACGCCGCGACGGGCAAACGGUGUGGACCCAGAUUUGUACAUCGGAAGAGCAUGGAACGGUGUCUCAGAUACUGGCCAAUGCUGAUGCCCAUGUGAAUACCACGGUUAAUUCCGUCAAUGGUCUUUACAUCCCUGCCGCUGGCGGUCAUAUCGAUGACGUCCGUCGUCUGCUUCGACGGGGGAUGAACCGAUCCAGUCAAACACCUUUCUCGUGGGCUCUGCUAAAUUGGGCUAGAUCGAGCGACGUUGUGAAGGCUCUUGUUGAAGCGGGUGUGGAUGUGAACACGCUUUCUGAUUCUGGGGCGACACCACUUGCAAUUAUUGGAAAAGACCCUGGAGAGAUCAGGGAUUACCUCAUAUAG